AUGGACCUUCCUGAUUGUCCACCAGGUACUGAAGGAUAUGAAGAUACUGUAACAGAAAUACCAAAGAAACUUGGUUUAGAAGGCACUAAGGCCGAACAGGAGUUUUUGGAGCACUUAGGAACUUUGAAGAUCAAGCUAGAAGAUGGGUCAGCUCGACCUAUGUUGGAGCGGAAAGGACGCGACGGAUGUGGGAAGUGGAUUUAUCUGUGUUUUCCCUGCGCGGCGCAGUGCAGCGGAGAGCAGGUCCUUCAGCUCCACAUUGCGGGAAAAAGACAUAAGAUGAAGCUGGCGCAGAAAAAUGAGUGGCCUGUGUCAAUAUUUCAUGAGCAUCCUUAUAUUCUUAAUGAAAAAGGAGCCGUGAUUAGAUCUGUUUCAGAGGCGCUCAAGACCCUUAAAGAUGAUGAAAAACCAACGGAAACAUUGGACCCGCUGGAACAGAAGUAUGGUCAUUAUAGAAGUUUACGAUGCCACAUACAAGAAAUUCUUGAUGAUACGAAGGCUCCGCUGAUAGGCGUAGAGUACUUGGUGGAGCACCCGCCUGAGGAAUCUCACCACGAGCCGCAGUACAUUUGUACGCUUUGCUACAAGCAGGGUCACCCGAGGACGAUUGUCAACCAUCUAACCUGUUACUCGCAUCGGAUUCAUUAUCUCAGCAAACAUUUCCCAAAAGCGCACAAGGCGUUGCUGCCUUACCGUAAUCAGAAGUGCAGUCGCACUGGUCAGAUGAUGGUCAUGAAUCGUCUCGUUCAAUGCAUUGAAAUGAAGUAUGGACGUAUGAAACCCGUCAAUUUUCAGAAGGACGAAUUUCAACGGAAUAAAGAUGAAAUUGAGCGAUGGAUAUAUGCUGGGAAACAUUUCUCCGAGGCUGAUGGAUGCACUUUUGAAGAGGUCAUUGACGCAGACCUGAUAUCCAACUUAGCCUCGUUAGAGAGCAAAGAGCCUUCGCCGCCCACCGUAGCUGCCCCUUCGAAACCGAAAAUUAAGAUUAAACCUAUUGGUCUACCAACGGAGCAAUUGUCGGAUAUCAGCGAUGACGAAGAAUUUCGCAGAAAUGACAUUAAAAGGAAUGUACAACAAGCGCCCCCGGAGCAGUAUUAUACCAAAAAGCAUCUCGACACAAACUCGCAUGUUUUGACAAAGGAGAGGAGACAACGACCAGGCAAUUUGGAGUUCAAGGUAAAACGCGCAAAGGAAUUGAGCCUGGAAGCAGAAACGACAGCGAAGAGAAUGCUUGCCUAUCACGAGAAGAAUCCAGAAAAGCAUCCCCUAUACCCUGAGGAGUGGAAGAAAUUCUGGAAUAGACGGUACAAGGAACUGCAGGCUGAGGGAAAAGACACAUCGAAGCACGAUUUCAAGCCCGAAUGGAUAAAAUUCUGGACGGUGCGUAUGAAGGAGCUCCAUGACCAAGAACUGCGCGUGGCCGUUCAUGAGAUCUAUCGGAAAUUCAGCCUUGCCAUACCUAAUAACAUUCCGUCUAAGUCGGAGGAUCGCAGACGUCGCUCAGUGGAAAAGAAACGUUCCCUCUCACCGCAGAACAGAAGGAGCUCACCCGAGUUUAAGAAAAUAGUUCGCCAACAUUCGCCCGAGCGUAGAAUAUCUCUUGACAGGAAAAGGUCACUCGAAAGGAGAAGGUCACCCGACACGCGAAGGUCAUCCGAGAGACGAAGGUCGCCUGACAGGAGACGUUCACAAGAACGUAGAAGGUCACCCGAUCGUUUAAGACGCUUUAUGGAAAGACGACCAUUUAAGGACACUAAGUACAAGAUUGAUCGCCGACCCAUUGUUGCUGUUUCUGAGCUGAGAGCUAACGAGCGCUCAGUGUCACCGCCACCUCGUCGUUCGCCUUUGAGAUUACUGCGCACGCGCUCUAGGAGCCCGAUCAAAAGGUCUUUACAUAAAAGGUCGCGAAGCCCCAGCCGCAGUACUUGGCAUAGCAGAGGAAGUCCUUUGUCCCAAAGAGGUGACCUCACCACCGCGUCCUCCGCAGCACGGAACCCAAGUCCCACUCCAACGAAUGUGGAACCUUCUAUGCAGACCGUACUAAUCUCGGAUGAUGAGCUUCAGGGUGGAACCUCUCCAUGGGAUUCUGGUGAUUCGCUCGGGUCAUUACCAGAUAUGCGUUCGCCGCCUUCCCGGUCUAGAGGCGAUAGUCUAUCAUCACGCAUAUCACACGCACGGCAUACUAGCCAAGACUACAAGAGUUUGACGGAUUCAGCAGAUAAUAUAGUGGCGACGUUGCGUAUGCUGGUGGCGUUGGAGGACCAUCUUGGGAGUAUGGGGCCUAAAGUCGUGGACUUAUUAGCUGAAGCCAUACGCAUGGAGAAGGAAAAAGCGAAUUCAUCCGAAGAGCUCUUAGACCGAGAGACCGCAGUGGUCCUAAUAGAGACGGCGAAGGAGAAACUGAAGGGAGGUUUGCAGGCUGGGCUGGUCCCAGCUGCUGCGACCUCCGCAGUCAGGGCGGCCGUUGUUCGAGCGGCUGCUACUCUUCAUGCUGCUGAUAAACGAACCCGGGCUAGGCAAAAGCAAGAACGCAAUAAACCAACGAGUAGCAAAGCAAGUAUUGUGCCAGUAGCGGGUGUGGGGGAAGUGGACCGGGAAGAGAUCGCCCAACAGAUGGCCGCCGCACUCAUUGCUCAAGGGAAGACUGAUGUCUCUUCGGAAGAGUUAGCUCAACUCGUUGAUGCUGUGGUCGGUAUGGCCGAGGCGAAGAAAAGGGAGGCAAAACUCAAGGAGCACGUGAAAACCAUUGAACACAAGAGAAUGGAAGGGAGCGACUCUGCCGCCGCUUCUGCCUUACAAAUGCUUCAAUCUGCUUAUGAUGAUAAUAAGGCAUCCGCUAACGACCUCCCGGAUGCAAUGGACGGCCUCUCCGACUCGGACCUUGAGACUCUACUCAAGAACUUUAACGAACUCUCAGCUGAAGAACAGCACAGCUUAAUAGCGUAUUUGAAGAAGCUAGAAGCGCGAGAACCUGCAAGAGUUGAGCGUUUGAGACAAUACGUCAGCGCAGAUGCGGAGGCAGCGGCUGUUUCGGAGUCUGUGCCGAUGAAACAACCAGAGAAAGUUGACGUCAAGCCUGUCGCCAUCGAUAGCGAUGACGAUGAUUACACCGUUGAUGAGUUAUUCCAUUCGGCAACACAAAAAGUCAAAGAAGAUCAGAUGCGACAAGAGAUGGAGAUAGUCAAGAAAUCGCUAGAAAACAAGACUCCACCGAAAGCAGAGAGUCCAAAGGCAGCCCCUCCCCUUUUCGACUUCGCUAAGAAUAUUUCUUCUGCCUCAGAUCUUCUCGCUCUAGUGCAAGCCUCCAUCAAAUCCAGUUCGACUGCCCCUGCACAAGUAGCGGAUGUCACUCCCACAACUUCAUUCCAACCGAGAUCAUUCGGAGACCUCCAAGAAAAUGUCGAACAGAGGAAUUCGCAGCCCGACUUCCCCAACCAGAUAUCUUCGUUCGGCACACCCUCGUUCAACUCGGAGUGCAACUUUAGGGAUCCCUACAAUAGUGGAAAUCAGCAGAACCCAUAUCAAACUCCAAACGUGUACAACCAAUCUCAGAAUUUCAAUGUGCCUUUAGGCAACCAAAACAACUUUAACCUGGAACCGAAUAACGUGCAAUACGGUCAGAAUAAUUAUGAACCUCGUGGGAAUUUCAAUCAUCAGGGGCCUCGACACUUCACGAACGGUGGGAAACAGCACAAUCAUAAUUUUAGGCCGCGAGGUCCGCAACAUGGCAAUCGGCCUCAAUUUGGAAAUUUUGAGCAAAAUAACUUCAAAGGUCGAGGCAGAGGCAGCAGAGGUCGCGGGAGGGGUUAUUAUUAA